AUGGUUUCCCAAGAGAUCAAGUCAGAGAUUGAGAAGGUGUUGAACUCCAAGUGUGGCAUGAUGGUGCAGUGGAAAGGCAUUGAGAAGAUCUUGCUGGAUGCUGGCUUAGCAUAUGAGCAGGAGCUAGGGCCAGAGCACUUCCUGGUGCACCCACAAAACAGAGGGGGUACUGGGAUCAAUGCUUUCAAUUGCCAUAGUAAGGGUGCUGUGAUCUGCAGCACAGGUGCAGACUUGUCCCAACUUGCAGGGUCAGUUGCUUUUGAAACCAACCCCAAGACCAAGCAAAAGCAGGUCAGCUUCACAGCUUCUUUAGCCAAAGAAUCAGAUGGGCUUUUGGCCAACCCCACAGGCAUGGAAAGGUUUCUUACUGUCUCCAAGGGCCAUACUUCCCAGUUUUGCAAGGCUAUCAAGUUCAAUUGCAGGACACCCCAAGCAAGUUUGGCUGGUGGGGAUGGUUGUUUGGGAAACCAUUUGUUGGCAAGGGAUUCAGCUUUGGCUACCAUGGUAAACAAAGGGUGGAAGUGGACCAUCAUUUUGGCAUGUGUGGAAGAAACAUUUCCCCAGCUGCCCUCUUUGGUGGAGUCUGCUUGCAACUCCAGCAAUGCCACCUAUGAAGCACAAAAUGAAGUUCAGCUGAUGUCAGCAAUCAUUGCCCACAACAUCAGCCUCAAGCAGGGUGACAAAAUCGAUUUUGUGAAGGUUGCCAGUGAUCUAUGUCAUGGAGGGCCUUUGAAAUCAUAUGCUGGUGGGCUGGAUGGGCCUCUUGUGGCCUUCUUGGUCCACAUGGGCAAGCAGUAUGGUGAGAAUAUUGGUGACCAAAACCGACUUUAUGGCCUCAAAGCCAAGAAGUAUGAAGACACCCUCAAAAAUUGUGAGACCUUUUUGGAGUAUGCUUGGAACAAGGCUACACAAUCCCAGAUUGACAGGUCAAAGUCCUAUAAAAUUUUUGCACUGGCUGCCAUGAGGGCCAUCCUUUACCUCUUUAAAAAAGAAAAGCAUGGCAGAGAAGGGAAAGAAUACACAUUGGCAGAAAUUGAAACCAUGUGCAAUGAUGAUUUGACCAAGGGCUCCAUUUGCAGCAUGUCCACAUCUGAACCUUCAUCAAGCACAGAUGCUUCUCAGCCUGAUGAGCAGGCCAUUAGCAUUCAUGAGGGGAAGGAUUCGAUGUUUCUAGCCAAGAAGGCACUUGGGCUGGAGCCUGGGACCUUGUACACUCUGAAAGACUUUGGAAACAGGGUGUGGCAGUUGCAAAAUGUGACACCAACAUAUGUCACAUUAGUGUUCACACCCCUUUUGGAGCCAUCCAAGAAAAUGACAGUGAAGUACCAGGCCCAUGAAACCAUGUCCAAGAUGAGAGCCUACAAAGGCAAACCUGCCAAGCUGUUUGAGGAUACAGAGGUGACCAGCCUUUUCCCAAACCAAGAGUCAGAAGUUUUGAAGUGUCAAGUGUUCCAAGCAUUACUUGAAGUUUACAACUCAGAAGACCUUGAUGUGCAAGAUAUCUAUGUUCAGAAGUGUCCAAGGGUUGCAGUGUAUGCCAAAAAGAACAUCAAGAUCAAAGGGGUGAAGCUCAUUCCAGUGCCUGAGAAAAUUUCCAACCUCGUUGUGCAGGAGCCCAAGGCCACAAAGUAUGGCAUUUGCAAGUUUCAGGGCACCACCAUGUACAUCACACCCCCCAAGCCCUUGAAGUUUCCCAAGCCUGAGGACACAAACCAGCAGGUCAGUGGAAUGUUUGCCCCCUAUUGGGCAUGCACUACCAAGGAUGGAGAUGGUGUCUUAGAGGAAAAGAUGCAAAGCUUCAAAUCCAGCCUAGGUGACAUUGAAAUUGGCAUCCUGACCAACACCCAAGCCAUUGAUGGCCAUCAAAGCUUGCACAUCUAUGAGGCCCCAAAGGAUGAGAAGCCCGAUGGACCUGUGCAAAAGAAAGCUCGAAAGUGA